AUGAAUCUCUUUGCUUUCGGCUCCAAUGGGUCCGGACAAUUAGGUCUUGGCCACACAGAAGACGUGUCUACCCCAACACAAUGCCUCUUCACAGCACCCUUUGCAGCAUCCGCUGAGAAUCAAGGCCAAAACCCAGUGAGCCAUGCGAAAGACAAAAUCGUUCAGAUCGUCGCUGGAGGAAACCAUACACUCCUCUUAACGCGACAGGGUCAUGUCUAUGCGGCGGGGUACAAUUUGGAUGGACGCUGCGGACCAGAUACACACAUCGACCUCUCAAACGACCAAGCAAAAGACGAUACAACGAGACUUCAAAGUGAAGUGAGCAACAUUUUAAAAUUUCAGCGUGUGAUUCUCACGGAUUCCACAACUGGAUGUACCGUUGACACCUUUAAAUCCGUUUCCGCGACAUGGGAGGCGUCUAUCCUUAUCGCCAGUGUAUCAACACGGAUCAACACCCCCGGUAAUCAUGAUGAUCACACUAUCUACAAUGAUAAAGUCUUUGUCCAGGGAUCGGCUCUGAAAGGUGAACUCGGCCUCGGCGAUAACACCCUAACGCACGGCACGUCCGUGACACCGGGUACGUCGAUACCUAAUUUCCCUCCGCUCGGCACGACAGUCUCUGCGCUGGCAAGCGGGAUGGGGCAUUCAGUUGCUAUUCUCUCGAACGGAGAUGUCUACGGAUGGGGCGGGUCCCGGAAGGGUCAGUUGGGCGAGGAACUCAAGGGGGCCAAGAUUGUAUGGUCGCCAAUGCAAAUCUCGGGAAUUCCGUUUCCUGCUACGGGCGCUGUGUGUGGCCGCGAGUUUACGGUUGUGAUUGGAAGGCGGGAGAAGGGGGAGUUUUUGGUUCUCGGCGAUAAGGGAAAUCGGUGGGGAGUUUUGGAUGUGAAGGAUUCUGAUGCUUUACGGGUACGGAUACGAGGUGAAGAAGGCGUAGAAGCUAGUGUGGAUUCCUCUUGUGCUCCUUCUACUAGCGUUUGGAGUGGGGCUGCAUUGUGGGGAUUUGAGGAUAUUGGGGCAAGUUGGCAUGGGAUUUAUGUCCAUGUGGCUGCGCUAGCUGAAGGUUCUUCAUCCCCUGCCGUUGUAAAGGAGAAUUCGCUUGUUGCCUGGGGCCGCAAUGAUCGCGGUCAACUUCCACCGCCUGGUCUUCCUGCUAUUAACAGGCUUGCCGUUGGCAGUGAGCAUGUCCUUGCGCUCUUACAGGAUGGGUCCGUGGCCGCCUUUGGGUGGGGCGAGCAUGGAAAUUGUGGACCGGAUACGGAUCCCCACGGCAAUGUGGCUGGCACGUUUCAAAUGAUUUCGCUACCAGAUGCUGCGCAUACUGCUGGUGGGAGGGUCGUUGAGAUUGGAGCUGGAUGUGCAACAAGUUGGGUGAUUGUGGAAUGA